AUGAUUAUGGUGAUUGAAAACACAAUUGACUUAGGUGUUACUCAGUCAUUUUCUGAUGGAGUUCAUCACAUAAAGAUGAAUUUAAGCUGUUCAAGUCCCCAGAGUGGUUAUUGGAAAAGAAGCUUCUCUAUUAUUGUAUAUACAAAUGAGCUCAAUCAAGUAUUACUACUGACAUUUAUUCAAAUAGCAGAAUUUGUUGGUUUCAUACUCUUUUUGCAUUUGUUUCCAAAUUACAGAGAGUCGUUCACAGCAUAUAAAUAUACAGGAUAUGUGCUAAUUGGUUUAGCCUAUCUUUUAACACUAUCGUUCGUUUUCUCAAUGAAACUUUAUGGAACAUUUCCCGUUAAUACCGUUUUACUGAUAAUAAAUGCAGCUUUGAUAAGCGUUGGUUUCGGACUACUUAUGUAUAUCAAAGAUUUUAAAUGGACCUGUAUAAUUCUAGCAGGUGAUUUAGUUAUCGUGUGUCUAUUUCUCGUUAUCGGCAGCACAACAAACUUUCUCAGUCCAACUUUAAUGUAUAUUCUAACAGUUUUGUUGGCGAUUGCAGUCGUAGCAUUUUCAGUCAUUGCUGCAACGGGGAAGAUUCCAUGGAUCGAUGUGAAAGCGGUUUUUUCGUCAAUGUUUCUACUUGCAGUCAUGCUUCUUUUGAUCGCAGGUCAUGAUAUGUCUACGGAAGACGAGACAUACGCAUUGGCAGCUUUGAUGAUAUUCAUCGCCUAUGUGACGAUCUACUUUUCAGCAUAUUUGCUUACAUUGAAAUAUUUUAAGAAACAGCUACACAGAGUCACAAAUAACUUCGCCUAA